UUCUGCUUCCCUGAUGCAUCCACGUGGCACGACAACAUCAGCAACUUUACCGAAGAGAUGUUCUCAUUCUUCCUGACCACUGCAACUGGAGAUAGAAAAUUCUGCUGGUGUUUCAGAUUUCUGCCGACAGACACCAACAUCCCAGAAGCCAUCUGCAUCGUCAGUGCGAUCGGUGAGACCUGCUUGUAUCAGCAGCUGUUGAGGGUCCUUAAGCAGGCCAGGGAGUAUUCAGCCGCUCUGGCGAGGCAAACCAUGCAAGCUGCCUACAAACUCAAGUUUCCGAAAGUUAAAAAGGAAUUGUAUAUUGUGGCUGAGGUUUGUGUGCGAGCCUGUUUGUAUGUUUGUUUGUUUGUUCGUUCGUUUGUUUGUUUGUUUGUUUGCUCGUUCGCUCUCGGUCUCCUGCUACAACUCAUGGCCACCAUCUUGCUGGAAAGAAAGGUCAUACUGGUGGCACGGAGGAUCAGCACUUUAAGUUCUUGCAUAAUGUCCAUCUGCACCCUGCUCUAUCCUUUCUCUUGGCCCCACACCCUUAUCACCGUCCUACCCCCCUCCCUAGCUGACGUCAUCGACUCACCAGCCCCGUACAUCCUCGGUGUGCUCAGUUGCUUUAAACAUCUUCUGGAAGAAUAUCAGUUGAGUGAGGUCUUAAUAGUAAACUUAGACGAGGGGUACUUCAUGAAGUGGAUGGGUGACGAGGGCCACAUUCUUCCAAAGAAAAUACAACGUGCUCUUAUGCUGGCACUCUCUGAUGUUCAUCUGGCCCAUGACAACACCGGCAAGACGGCCUGCAUAACUGAUGUGACCAUGACGGAGGCCUUCGUCCGAAUGUUCGUGGAAAUGUGCGGCCACUACUGCGACUUCAUCAGAUACGACGCGAACAAGAGCAGUUUAUUUCAGAGGGAAGAGUUUGUGAGAGCGGUGUCGUCCAACUCUAUUCGUUUGUUUCUCGACUGGUUCAGCCGGACUCCGAUGUUCCAAGUUUUCAUCACCGACAGACUGAAGGAGAACACCAAUCAAGAUUUGUUCGACCAGAGGAUAAAGGAGUACAGACGGGAGAUGGAGUAUCUUUCGAACAACAAGGCAGCCAACAUGAAGGUCAUCAGAGACAAACUUCUCAACUUCUUUAAGAAUUAUGGUACAAAACUGAAGAAAACAAUGAAGAAAAACUCCUAUGUUUGAUGAUGAAGUAAGAUGGUGACGAUGGGGAAAUGUGAUUAUAGCCAAAUUAAAAUGGAUCACAUACGUUAUAUCAAGACUUCAUGCUGCUCAUCAUGAAAUUUGGUGCUUCAAAAGAUCUGAUUUCAAAUAGUGAUCAAUUUUAAAAUUUUAUUUAUUGAAAUUUUAUUUAUUGAUAUUUUCAAUUUGCAAUGGUUAUGUUUGUGUUGUAGGCUUACGUUUGCUUUUAAUAAUGACUCGUUGUUUGUUGGAUUUAUUUCUUUAUUCAAUUAUUUUAUGUACGCAUUUAUGUGCGUGUGUGGACUCUAACAUAAACUGCUUCUCUGUUCAUUUUACUUUCAAAUGCGGAUCUAAAACAUUGUCGCCACAUAAUCUGUAUAAAUUCAGCUUAUAUGUGAAACUAUUUUUUCUUCUUUUUUUU